UUUUUCCGUGGACACCAUUUCUCUUCCUCUGCUCGCCACACCAGCUUUUCACAUAGCCGCCUCUCAGUUUUCCACAAUGGCAGCAGCCGUCGCCGCCGCCGCUACUAGCACCACGACCACUUCCUUCUCCAAAGCCUCCUCUCCUCUCUCUUCCAAAUCCCUCAUUUCCAGAUAUACCCUUCCCUUCUCCUGCAUUCUCCAAAGCCACCCCUCUCCCCGCCGCUCCUCCUCCCUCCGCAUCUCCAAUUCCACCAAAGCAAUCACCACCAAAAUUCCCAAAACUCCCGCAGCCCCAGAAGAUUUCAUUUCUCGAUUUGCUACCGACCAACCGCGAAAGGGAUCUGACGUCCUCGUGGAGGCCCUGGAGCGCCAGGGCGUGACCAACGUCUUUGCCUAUCCGGGCGGCGCGUCUAUGGAGAUCCACCAGGCCCUCACGCGCUCCUCCAUCAUUCGCAACGUCCUCCCCCGCCAUGAACAAGGCGGAGUCUUUGCGGCCGAGGGUUACGCGCGUGCGUCUGGGCUCCCCGGCGUAUGCAUCGCCACCUCGGGCCCCGGCGCCACCAAUCUCGUCAGUGGUCUUGCAGACGCCUUGCUUGACAGUGUUCCGCUCGUAGCCAUUACCGGCCAAGUGCCCCGCCGCAUGAUCGGCACCGACGCAUUCCAGGAGACCCCAAUCGUGGAGGUAACACGCUCUAUCACCAAGCACAAUUAUCUCGUUCUCGAUGUGGAAGACAUUCCUAGAAUCGUGAAGGAAGCUUUCUAUUUAGCCCAAUCGGGCCGACCCGGCCCGGUUCUGAUCGAUAUACCCAAAGAUAUACAGCAGCAACUGGUGGUUCCCGAUUGGGACCAACCCAUUAGAUUACCUGGGUACAAUGCUAGGUUGCCAAAAGCGCCGAGCGAGGUGCAUUUGGAGCAGAUUGUUAGGCUAGUGUCAGAGUCGAAGAAACCCGUGUUGUAUGUUGGUGGUGGGUGUUUGAAUUCGAGCGAAGAGCUGAGGCGGUUUGUCGGGCUGACCGGGAUCCCCGUGGCGAGUACUCUAAUGGGUCUCGGCGCAUUUCCCUUGACGGACGACUUGUCGCUCCAGAUGCUUGGGAUGCACGGCACUGUCUAUGCCAAUUACGCCGUGGAUAAGAGUGAUUUGUUGCUUGCGUUUGGGGUUAGGUUCGAUGACCGUGUGACGGGAAAGCUUGAGGCGUUUGCGAGCCGAGCGAAGAUCGUUCACAUCGAUAUUGAUUCGGCGGAGAUUGGGAAGAAUAAGCAGCCCCAUGUGUCGGUGUGUGCAGAUGUGAAGUUGGCAUUGGAGGGGAUGAACAGGAUAUUGGAGGGGAAAGGAAGUAAGCUUAAGCUUGAUUUUUCUGCGUGGAGGGAGGAAUUGAAGGAGCAGAAAGUGAAGCAUCCGUUGGCUUUCAAGACUUUUGAAGAUGCUAUUCCUCCUCAAUAUGCAAUCCAGAUUCUUGAUGAGUUGACUGAUGGGAAUGCGAUCAUAAGCACUGGUGUUGGGCAGCAUCAAAUGUGGGCUGCUCAGUUUUACAAGUACAAGAGGCCCCGACAAUGGUUGACGUCGGGGGGCUUAGGGGCGAUGGGUUUUGGAUUGCCUGCUGCCAUGGGAGCCGCUGUUGCAAAUCCCAAUACUGUUGUUGUGGAUAUUGACGGCGAUGGAAGUUUUAUCAUGAAUGUCCAAGAGUUGGCAACUCUUCGAGCGGAGAAACUUCCUGUUAAGAUAAUGAUACUGAAUAAUCAGCAUUUGGGUAUGGUGGUGCAGUGGGAGGACCGGUUCUACAAGGCUAACAGGGCUCACACUUUUCUUGGAGACCCGUCUAGGGAGUCUGAAAUUUUUCCCAAUAUGUUGAAGUUCGCAGAAGCAUGUGAUGUACCUGCAGCCCGUGUCACAAAGAAGGAAGAUCUCAGGGCGGCAAUUCAGAAGAUGCUGGACACUCCUGGGCCGUACUUGCUGGAUGUGAUUGUACCGCAUCAAGAACAUGUUCUUCCUAUGAUUCCAAGUGGUGGGGCAUUUAAGGAUAUAAUCACGGAGGGUGAUGGGAGAUCUGCCUACUGAUUUCAUCUAUCUUCGUUUUCUGCUCUGUAUCUGUAUGUAUGUUUUGUGUUUAGCUCAGGCACGCUUUGAAGUUGUGGCAAGUUUAUUUGUUCUUGAGUUAGGAGCUUUGUUGUAUUUUGCUCGGACAAUUUGUAGCAGUUACUUUAUUAAUUAUUUGUUCUUUUGCUGCUAUAUUAUGAAUCUAAAGAAGGUUUCCAGCA